AUGUCCACUAGUCCCAUUGCUGCUGCCGGCCACUGGCUGCUUUUUGCUAAACCCGUCGACUGCUUGUACAUAGAUGCGGAAGUUUUGGGAUUAGGUUCGGCAAUCUCCAUGUCCACUAGCCCCAUUGUUGCUGCCGGCCACUGGCUGAUUUUUGCUAAACCUGUCGACUAUCAGACGAAAAUGGACACACUUGUUACUUUAAGACCCCAAACUUCAGAAGCUGAAGCUUUGCCACAGAUUCGAGAACUCCACGCUAGGGCACACUAUACAGGUAGUCCUUCUAACAAUGCUAUCGAUGGUGAUGAUGGUGGUGGUGAUGACCUCUCGAUCCGUGAUAGCACAGCGGCUUGUUUCCUACUUGAUAGCAGUCGUGCUGAAGCAUCAAUCUGUCGGUUUGGUGUCGUCCUGUCGCCGAGACAGUACCUCAUCGUGGCGCAACCUAUAUAUUUCGUUGAGAAUCCACACUUUCUCACACCAAUGUGGUGUUACGAUGCUGCACCGAAUCUUCGGCUACUUCGACAAAAUAGUCCCACCAACUAUUCUAAUGGUAUCCAGAGCCCCCGUGUACCGGAGAAAUUUUCCGUACGUGAAAGAUCCAAGAUGCACUUUCAAUAGUUUUUCCAUGGCCCAAUUGUGUCAGUAAUCAUGCCAUCUGUGUACAAGGGUCCCAAGAGUGGUGAACCGUUCUUUGAACAGUUUGGUGAAACUCCACUCGUCACAGCCGUGUUCACCUACAUUGGCUUUAUGCUGCUCAACUUGCUCGGUCGUCUGCAAGACUUCCUGCGCUGGUGCUCCGUACUCCACUGUCCGAUUGUUGUCGAACCUAAACGAACCCGGUCGUUUGUACCGCUCUAUUCAUCAUACGAGGCGUUCUACACCCGAAAUUUGUACAGACGUGUACAGGACUGUUGGAACCGCCCGAUCUGUUCUUCCCCCGGAGUGCAGAUGGUGGUUAUGGAUCGGAAGUCCAAUGACAGUGGCUGGACAUUGGAAUUCACUGGGGCCAGGAAGCGUGUGCUCAAUUUGGGCUCUUACAACUACUUGGGAUUCGGGGACCCGACCGGACCGUCUAUAGAGGCCAAUGAGAUGACCACUCGUCGUUAUGGUGUCGGUGUGGCCAGUGCGCGACAAGAGACGGGCUCUUUGAUUCUUCACAAAGAGUUGGAAACACUGGUCGCUGAGUUUGUCGGACAAGAGGCCGCUAUUGUGUUCAGCAUGGGAUUUGCCACCAAUUCGUUGAAUAUUCCCUGCUUGGUGGAUAAGGAUUGCUGUGUAGUGAGCGACGAGCUGAACCAUACUAGCCUCGUUCUGGGCUGUCGCCUGAGUGGUGCAACCAUUCGACGCUUCAAACACAACGAUAUGAUCGACCUGGAACGUGUGCUCGAAGAGACUGUAGUCUACGGUCGUCCACGCACCCAUCGACCCUACAAAAAGAUUCUAAUUGUGGUUGAGGGUAUAUACAGCAUGGAAGGGAGCAUAGUCCACCUACCCGAAGUGAUUGCUCUUAAGAAAAAGUACAAAGCCUACUUAUAUGUGGAUGAGGCGCAUAGCAUUGGUGCACUCGGGCCGAAAGGUCGUGGUGUGGCUGACUACUUUGGUGUUGACCCGAAGGAAAUUGACGUAUCGAUGGGGACGUUUACGAAAAGUUUCGGUUCAUCCGGAGGAUACUUGGCUGGGUCGCGCCGACUGAUUGACUAUUUGCGCUCCUGUUCGCACAGUGCCGUUUACGGAGGCAGUAUGUCCGCGCCAGUCACGCAGCAAGUGAUCACCACUUUACGCGUACUGAUGGGUCGGGAAGUUCCCGGGGAAGGGCGUCACAGGAUACGCAAGCUAGCCUGGAAUACACGCUAUUUCCGCGCACGUUUGCACGCGAUGCGUCUUAUUGUCUACGGGAAUCGAGACAGUCCGGUUGUGCCCGUAAUUAUUUCAAUGCCUGCCAAAUUGGUUGCCCUCUCGCGUCGAUGUCUUGCCCUGGGAUUAGGCACCGUGAUCGUUGGAUUCCCGGCAACUAGUCUACUGGCUUCCAGAGUUCGAUUCUGCAUCUCUUCAAUGCACACGCGCGAGAUGCUGGACAGGGCACUGGAGAUUAUCGAUCAAGUUGCCGAGGAACUACAUAUCCGCUACUGCGAUCUCCCCAUCCCUCAGUGGGCCGAGGAGCUAUUGGCCAAAGAAUAUCCAAUGGCACCACUGACCACCACGGCCGCCUUCACUGCCUUCAACAAUAACACGGAUCACUUAUCCGUGCUCAAGGAGAUGUUGGUAAAUUCAUCGGUCGAUUCCUCGUCAGUGUGCCCGUACAAGAAAAGGCAGUGAGAAUCGCACUACGAAGAAGAACUUUCGGAAACCUAAUCGAGGAAACCCCCUUCUCCAACAACCUGGAUGUCCUAACAGACCUUGCCGUACUUGGUGCUGCAGCCUUUCGCGCAACAGACGCAUUUCGCAACAUUCUCGACCAUCAUCAGUCCAUAGGAUUUUUCGUUGACCAUCGCACUCGACUUCGACCCGAGGACAUCCGGUAUCCUUUGCGCUACAUUCGUUACUGUGAUUGCUAUUCACAAGACCAGUACUCUACACUAACCCUCAACAGACUGUGCCUCUUGACUUCUAGGUUUUUGGCUUUGUGUUCGUUUUGUUUUCUCUGCGCGCGCACGCGUGUGUGCGUUUCGUUUUCUCUCGUUCUCUGGUGUGCUUAUGUGAUAGGCUUGAGCCCCCCCACCGCCUUAUUGUGCCGGUGCGUGCGUCUGUGUUAAAUUAUUUUUCUUCGGCUGUUUCCAGAUGUUUCUAGAUUACAGUAAUGGGGCUGUGCUUUUCGCCAGCGAACACCUGUUGUGUCCGCUGCGAUAGAAUGUAUUUGAGUUUUGUUCUCCACUCCACCCGCCCACCCACCCCUCGCCCCAAUAGUAUUUUUCCAUUAUCACCUUUGGCUGUGCAGCACCCCAUCCCAUGCAACAGUUUCCUUUUCCGGGUUGUAUUUUGUUAACUCUUGAUGAUUACUGUUCACUAACCAAAUAUAUCCUGUGUAUAACCGGGCUGUGUGUGUGUGUGUGCCUGAGCCCCAGAUUGCUCAAUGGUUCGAACCUAACCGUGGCAUCCUGGUGGUUUUGGACAAUCUGACAGUACUUCAGCCAUCGUGCUUCCUUUGAGUAGCGUGGUGGCUAUGCUCCGGUCGGUUUCUCGCCUCUUGGAUACGCACGUCGAUGAUAAAACGGUGGGGCACUCGCCUCUUCCACACCAUUCACUUCGUGUAUCCACCGUGAAACUUAUGAUGUUUUUUUUAUUUACUGGAUAUCUUUCGGAAUUGUAUGCAUAUGAUUA